UACCACGGAAAGUGGCGGUUGCUCUACGCGAAAUGCCGCACUAUCGGAUCGUAACCACCAAGUUUUCCCUUAAUUUCACCACCAGAGUUGAUAAAGUUGUUGUCUGUGGCAAAAUUUCUCCCUCAGCCUCACUUCUGUGCUAAAGCCUUCGCCCCGGUCGAUCGAGAUACGUGAUAAUAUUGUGCUAAGCCGUAUCUGUUGAAGUGUUUCUGGGUGACUCCGAAAGAUCCAACGAUAGUGGUGCUGUUGUUUCCAAGAGAAAAAGGCACCAGAGGAGGAGAGAAAGAGAAAAAAAGCACGAGACCGAGGAGAACCUGAGGAAAUACAGCGACUAUUAUUCCGGAUUUCGCCAGCGACGAUGCUAAAAAUAACACAUCCUUCUCCUUAAUGAAAAGACCCCAUCUAAUCAGUGCGUGGAUAAUUUAUCUGAAUCUGCUGGCCCUGUUCGGCGACAGAGUUUUAUACGGUUUUGUUCUCUUUUUGGUUUGUUACUUUUAUUUGUCCAAAAUUGUGCUCACACUCUGUAUACGUUAUUAUUUAAAUUGCGUCGCUAAUGUGUCGUGAGGUGAAUUUUAAUCAAACACGCCAAGCUUCCACGAUAUCAGUUGCAUCACACCCUGGACAGCCAGUGCACAGAAGCAAGUUGCAGCGACAAUAAAUUCACUCUCCCCAAUCUCACCACAGCCAGCAUACAAAUUAAAUUGAAAUUAAAAGUGCAUGAGCUGCGGAGAGACCUCUAAAAAGGUUGUGCAAGAAUCUCACCUUCCAAAAGUGGAUUUGUCUACACACAUGGCCACAGAGAGACAGGAGUUGUAUAUGAAAUUGUAAUGACGAUAGUACUUGAAAUGGAGUGCAGUAGUUAGACCAAAAAAUAGAAGAGAAAGAGAGAGAGAGAAAGAGAAUCAAGGAAUAAUGAUGACAAGUGCGCAGUUCAAAGCUCACGAGCUUUUAAAGAAGUCUUCAAGCGGACACAAAGCGGUGGACGUCAGCGAAACUUGACUAAGUUGCCUGCAAGCUCUCUGACAAACAUCGGGCCGAUCGGCUUGCGAGGCCCCGAAUGUCUCUGUUGGGGAAGCCGCUCAACUACAACCGCGGCGCACGUCGAGAUGCCCGCUAUCGCCGCCUGCAGGCGAGAGUGUAUAACUUUCUGGAGCGCCCCCGAGGUUUUCCGGCAGUUUUUUACCACGUUCUAGUAUUUUUAAUGGUGUUCACAUGCCUGGCCUUAAGUGUGUUUUCUACAAUACAAGAAUACGAGGACCAAGCGAUUGAUCUCUUGUUCAGGAUGGAGAUAAUCGUGGUGAUUUGGUUUACAAUUGAGUUUUUUUUACGGUUGUGGUCUUCAGGAUGUCGAUCUCGAUAUCAAGGCGCCAUCGGGCGCUUACGAUUUCUCAAGAGGCCUUUCUGUAUCAUCGACAUAAUCACGAUUUGCGCAUCACUUGUGGUGCUUGGAAUGGGAACAUCAGGACAAGUGUUUGCCACCAGUGCAUUGAGAGGCCUUCGUUUCUUCCAAAUACUAAGAAUGGUGCGAAUGGAUCGACGCGGCGGAACAUGGAAACUCCUCGGAAGUGUCGUAUAUGCUCAUCGACAGGAACUGAUAACAACAUUGUACAUAGGUUUCCUUGGCCUUAUAUUUGCUUCCUUCCUCGUGUACUUGAUGGAGAAGGAUGUAAAUAAGAAAUUUAAUAAUUUUGCUCAAGCUUUAUGGUGGGGCGUGAUAACACUGUGUACAGUGGGAUACGGCGAUAUGGUGCCUGAGACAUGGCAAGGAAAAUUAAUAGCAUCGUUCUGUGCUCUUCUCGGAAUCUCAUUUUUCGCACUGCCGGCUGGAAUUCUGGGCAGCGGUUUCGCCCUGAAAGUCCAGCAACAACAGCGUCAGAAGCACAUGAUUCGCCGUCGACAGCCCGCGGCCACCCUCAUUCAAUCACUCUGGCGAUGUUAUGCUGCCGAUGAGCAUAGUGUCUCCGUGGCCACGUGGAAGAUACAUCAAGUUCCACUGCCCAGUCCGCCUCCCUCAAUUAGUUGUAAAAGCAAAAACAAUCAAAGAACGGGAACAAACCAAAAAUCGCUGAUUAGGCGGGCAUCUUCUAGUUUCAAACACAACGCAUCCUUCGUGGCACGGCUGCCGACCAUCCGGAGGCACAAGUCGCAAUCGCUGCACUCGCCGGGCAAUCCGAAGCCGCCGACAGGAGCGUCAUCGAGGUCAGCCAGGGGCCCGCGCUCCAUGGGAGAGGCCAACGCGUCGGCCGAGAACCUAGAAGUAACAAAUAAUGGAAGACCCAUGAAUGCCAGCUUGAGUGAAGAUUCUGUUGCUGAGACGGCACUGUCGAAAAAGAAUUCUGAUGAUGAAGAUGAGGAACCUCGAUGUAUUCAGCUGACAAACCAACACAAGACAGCCAUACGAUUUAUCCGAAAGCUGAAGUAUUUUGUAGCAAGGCGGAAGUUCAAGCAAGCACUUAAGCCGUAUGACGUAAAAGAUGUAAUGGAGCAAUAUGCCAUUGGACAUGUGGAUUUGCUGGGUCGCGUGAAAAAUGUUCAAAAUAGAUUGGAUCAGAUUUUGGGAAAACAGGGCUCCAAGGCAAAGGACGUCUAUGCGUCGAAAAUUAGCUUGGCAUCCAGGGUCGUUAAGGUUGAGCGACAGGUUGAUGACAUUGAAACGAAGCUGGACACGCUGAUAGAUCUGUAUAUGCAGGACAGAAAGAGAUUCUUGUCACUUCCAAUAAUUUCCGAUUCCCUACAUUCCACUAAUUCCAACCUUCCACCGCUGCCGCCCAAUCCCCCGGGCGGCGGCGGCGCCUCUGGCGGGGCCGCGACCGCCGCUACCACGUCAAUGUCUUCGGGCAGCAGCGGAUCACUGAAGGUAGCCGGCGGAAAAUACCAGUCAGCCACUGACACGGGCGGCCACCAAGGAAGUGACACACUUUCUUCUGCCUUUCAGCCGAAGCCCAUUCUCAUAGAUAAGCAAUUCUCAGAACCAAACUCACCCAUCACAAAGACAUUUGAACAGCCCGUCCAACGGAGGCCACCAAUGCACAGGGGCUUCUCAGAUCUCAGCAAUCGGAUGAAGAAGCGCGUGACACUCAGUUCCAUUCCUACCCAAUAUGUUAGCAACAGCUCAGAGCAGCACGACGGCAGCGGCGAUGUAGUGAUAGUCGUGAAUGCCCUUGAUGACGGUGAUCCAAUUGAGACCGACGUUGUAGUCGGGGGACUUCCAGACGUGUGCAUUGAGACAGAGGGUGAUGUGGAGCCCAGCAGCCCCAAGACAAUAACCGAAAGUUCAAUCAUCAUGAUGGACGAGGAGAUCGAGGACCUGGAAGAGGAGGAUCUGGACAUCGAGGGUGAACUGGAUCCGGACUCACCGCCGUGGGACAUGUACGAUAUUGACGCUGGCGACAUGGAUCUGGACACCGAAGAGACGGCUUUGCUGCGAACCAAAGCGGCCAACACUGAAAUCAUCGUCACUCCAAUCAGUCCGGUGGCGUCGUCACAGAACAUCUCCAGGCUGGAGGCGGAGGAGCACGCGAGGGCGUCCGGCGGCGGUGGUGAGUUCAGCGGCGGUGCUCAAUCAUCCAGAAUGGACCUUCUCAAGCCCGAAAUGGCCCAGAAUCAGCGGCUCCUCAACACGGAUGACGUAUGAGAUUGGCUUUCCCUUUUGUAUUAUUCAAAAUUCUCAUCCAUCCGCUGUUGUGCUCAUCUUUUUAAUUCCCACGUCUUCGACCAUCGCAUAUUAAUUAUUUUGCACACCAAAAUCAUCCAAUAUUAACCUCGGUGAAAUCUCAAUUCUUCCUGUAAGAUUAAACACUGCUCGCACAGCAGGAAUUUUAGUCAGCGACCACACAACUUUGACCCUCGUGAAAAAUAAAUGAAAUCAACAGACUAAAUAAAUUGCGUACGAUAUACCGAAAGGAGGGUUGAUAGUGAAUUUGUUCGUCAAAAGGUUUUAUCACGAUACUUAAUAAAAUUGGAUAAGAGGAUAAUUAAUUAUUUUUAGGAAGAACAACAAUUUAAUUCUCAUUAGGAAAUCGUUGCAAAUUAAUUCAUCGAAUAUUAAUACAAUUAUACUUUAAUAUACUUUUUCAGUUUCUAACCUGUUUUUUAGACAUAUAGUAAAAAAACAAAUUAUUGUGAGCACGAUUCAAUACAUAUCGAGUUAUUAGUAAAUUUCCUUAUUCUUAUUUCAUACAGUGGAGAAAAUAUAGGCAAAAAUCGUUUGAUUAUGAACAGCAAAAUAAGUCAGAUUAGAGUUUUUUCCACUGUAUGAAAAUUGUUGAUAUUUUCUCCGAAAUGUAGUUUCAUAAGUUCAUUUUUACAUUUAUGUAUAAAUCCGAAUAUGAUGUUUAAAAAGGUGAUAAACACAGAAUUACCGUAGGAAAAUUAAAAGAGAAGAAAAAAAAAUACUGUUAGAAUUUUAUUGCUUUGUUGAUUUGUUAAAGAAAAAGAAAACAAAAAUAUCUCUGCUAUGUAGAUAACCAAAAUAUUAUGAAACUCUAGUGAAUUUUUAGAUAAUUACAAAAUCAAAAAAUUUAGAAAUGGUUUUUCGCAAAAAUUCAAAUAAUUUCUAUUGAUCGAAAUAUUACAUGUACAUAAAAUAUAACCAAAAAAUUGUCACUGGAGAAAUUGACAAUGAUAACAACAUUGAAAAAAAUUGAUAUGAUAAAUUAAAAAGCGAUGAAAAAUACAAAAAAUAAAUUAUAUCUUACUUAAACUAAAUAAUAUACUUAAAAUUCCACAAGAAGAAGCGGAAAUAAUAGUGAAAAUUGUAGGUUAAAAGAGGAAAAGAAAGUUUUUCAUAGACUGUUUUAAAAAAUAUACAUAUAUUAGAGAAGAGAUCUAUUAAAGAAAUUUUAUUCAGUGCGAAGAAUAUGAAGAAAUAAAUAAUUGAUUACAACGGAAUUAUCGAGAAGAAACUUGCUUUUCCACUUUUCUAUUGCAAGAACUGAAAGUGUAUAUUUGCAUCUGAAAGACAUUUAACUAUUAGAAAAGAGGGGAUGAAGAUAAUCUCUAUAUAUAGUAUUCCUACAAGUCCUUUUUCGUCUAGAGAAGCAGAUCUAGAAAAAAAAACAUUUUCAUAGAGUUUCACUUUGUAAAUUAUAUGACAUAUAUAUACUGAAAGAAGAUGGAGAGAAAAUGUGAGAAAUGUUAAGUUGAUAUAAUGAUAUAAAUUUAAAAAGUGAAUGAUAACCUUAAUAUGAAAAAGGGAUCACAAAAUGGUACAAGAGCUUUACGAAGAACAAAUAAAAUUGAAAAUAGAGGAAAACAUUUCUAAAUUUAAAGGAGUUUUCGAAUGCAAAGCCACGUCAGAAUGGAAUUCAUCGGCGUGGCUUUUCAAAACAUGGAAAAUAAUGUGUAGUGUUUAGAAAGUAGAGUCUUAAGAGUUAUUUCCAUUAUAAACAUUGCUAAUAAAUAUGAUUAGGAAGGGUUUUUUCAGUACAAUUUUCACUGACAAUGAGUCUCAUUCUCGGGGCUUUUUUCUGCUAAGGAUGAUUUUCCUCUUGAGUGCGACAUUUUUUCUCAUUGAAAACCUAUCAAGAUUCAAACUUAAUUCACGCCAAUUGAGCAAGCUAAGUUAAUCUCAAUAUUUAUAGAAAGUAGAGUGAAUUAUAAUGUAUUUUACAGUAUCUAAAUCCACUUGACUUUUGCACAUAAUCAAAGUAUUAGCUGAAAAAAGGUUUCUUAAUUAAAAUACAGCUUGUCUGGGCGGACUUAAAGUGGAAGAAUUGUCCGUCUGAUAGAGACGUGGACAAUGAAAGAGCAAUUAGCCCCGAGGAAUUUCGCUUUCUUCUUCCCGAGAAAGAAUAAUUACCUUACGAAUUACAGCCGGAGUGAAUGGAAAGGAGUUCUAAUCAAAAAUAUACAGAAAAGACCUUUAAUUGCCAUAGCGAAAAUGUUUUGUACGCCAGGGCGCAUAUAACCUUGCGUACAUAAGAAAAGCAUGUAACGAGACGAACCUAAUCAAACACAUAAAGCGGAAAAGGCAAAAAUUUUGAUAUAAGAGGUGAGAAAGGAGGAAAAGCGUAGGAAAAAAGGAAGCCUCUUUUUAUUUGCACACAUUGUUUCUCUUCCAUUUAUUGCAUAAUAUUAAAUAAAAUAGAUUGAAAAGGAGAGAACAAAAGAGGGAAAUAAUUCAACCAAUAGAAAAUAGAUGUUUUAAUGGUGCUGUAAAAAUUUACGCAGUUGUACAGAUGAAUUGGAUUAAUUAUAUCGUAAAAUUACGUCUCCAUUCAUGAAAUUCUCCUGUUUCUGUCUUGUUAUCUUCAAUCUCUACGUCUUUCCCUUUAUUUUCCCGGUGAAAAUGAAAUAAUUUGCUUGAUAACGAAGGAAAUAUAAGUAAAUAAAUUAAAAUUGUACAAAAAUCAAUGAACCAAUUAACUCAAAUGUGAUAAUGUUUACGUUAAUCUGAAAAUUCAAUGUGAAAGACUGCAUAUUUCAAUAUGCAAAUUAUCCCAUUUUUCCGUUCACGAGCGCUUUGAAAAGUUGUCAGAAAAAAUUGGUUUCAAGCAAAAUGCCGCAAAACACAGCAGAUGAAAAAAAUUCAAUUCCGUUUCAUUAAUAAAAGUCAAUUCAUUAAUUGUAGCGUUAGCUAAAGUCAAAAAAUUCUUUAGUCCCCUAAAACCCCUGUUCUAGUUCAAAGUCGAAAGCCAAAAGUAGAGAAAAUAAAUAAAUAGCUAAAAGAAAAUAAUUUGACUCUGUAAAAAGAUUUCUGUUUUCAACGUUGAGUUGAAAAUCGCAUGUGAUUUCAUAAGUGAUUGCUAAAUAGUUUUAUUGUAAAGUUAAAUAUGUAAAAAAAAACAACACUGAGCUGGAAAAAUCCAGCUCAUCUAGACGGAAUAUAAUGAAAUAAAAGGUAAAAAUGAAUUGAAUUGAGAAAAUAAAUACGAUGAAACAUUAAUUUACUCGAAUUUGCUUAAAUUUAUUAAUGCCAGUGACAAGAAUAUUAUUCUAAAGAGGAAAUAUUAGAAAAUAUAUUGAAGUUAUAUCUGAGGAAACCAUUAAUGUAAAAAAGAACAUUUAUAAAGAAGAAAAACCUUAUUUGAUCAUAUAAUAUGACGAAAUAUAAUAAUUAUGA